GACUUCCUUCGGGGAUGCCGCGGCGGGGACCCGCGGCGGAGCGGAGGUGACACGUAAGUGCGGUGCCGGGGAAGUUGUCUUUGUUCCUCUCAGGUGGCGGCGGCGACAAAGCCACUGGCCGGGCUGGUCCCCGCGGCGGGGCCGGGCUGAAGCGCAGGGAGCCGCCCCCGCCCCGCAGCUCCUCUCCCGCAGGCCGCCGUAGCCAAGCGCCGCUGCACGCCCCCGCCGCGGGGAGCCGGGACGAGCAGGCGGGGCCCGCCACCGGAGCGUCCGAGCAGCCCCGGGCAGCCCCGCGGCCGCAGCAUGCGGCUGGGCCGCCCGCCCCGCGCUUCGCAGAGUCCCGCCGGCUCCGCUGCGCCGCGCAGGGCCCGCACGCAGGGGGGAGCUGCCCGGGACGGCGCGGCGGUGCCCAGGGGCUGAGGCGUUCGGCCGAUCCCUCCCUCCCUUCGUUCCUCCCUUCUACUCCUCCUGCUCCCGGCGCGGGCCCGGGGCCUCUGAUGUCGCCGCCUCGCCGUCCUCCACCUCCAGCUGCCCGCUGCUAAGCCGUGAGGGGCGGGGGUCCUCGGUACCCCCCCGCCGGGGACAUGGGCAACGGGAUGUGCUCCCGAAAACAGAAGCGGAUUUUCCAGACCCUCCUGCUCUUGACCGUGGUCUUCGGCUUUCUCUACGGGGCGAUGCUCUACUACGAGCUGCAGGGCCAGCUGAGGAAAGCGGAGGCCACGGCGCUCAAGUACCAGCAGCAUCAAGAGUCCCUCUCAGCUCAGUUACAAGUUGUAUAUGAGCACAGGUCAAGAUUAGAAAAGUCAUUACAAAAGGAGAGGCUUGAACAUAAGAAAGCAAAAGAAGAUUUUCUUGUUUAUAAACUAGAAGCUCAGGAAACACUAAAUAAAGGAAGGCAAGACUCCAACAGCCGCUACAGUGCCCUGAGUGUGCAACACCAGAUGUUGAAGAGUCAACACGAAGAACUAAAGAAGCAGCAUGCCAACCUUGAGGAGGAUCACCGAAAGCAAGGAGAGGAGUUCAGCAGAACAUUCAGUGAUCACAAGGAGCGAUACUUGCAGCUGCAGCAGGAGAAGGAGCAGGAGAUCUCUAAGCUGAAGGCAGAGUCCCUGUAUAACUUACGGGAGGAGAACAGACAGUUGAGGAAGGCUCACCAGGAUAUACACACCCAGCUACAAGAUGUUAAGCAGCAGCAUAAGACCUUACUCUCCCAGCACAACCAGCUUGUAGUGACUCUGGAAGACCACAAGAGUGCGCUAGCUGCUGCACAGUCCCAGGUGGAGGAAUACAGGCAGCUGAAGGACACCCUCAACAAAAUGCCAAGUUUCCGACAGCCUGAGAAGUUGGAACAGUCAAAGGAGCAGCCAGAAGUGGGAGCAACAUCUCCCCGCAGUGACCUCCUGCUGCACCAGCAAGCUGUGACUGAAGAGCACAAGGAGAAUGAGGAGCCCAAAGAGAGAGAAGAAAUAAACACCCAGGAAAAAGAAGACAGAGCUGAGCCUUUUCAUCUGCAAAGGAGGGGUAACGAUGGCCAGCAUGCCAAAGAACUAAAUAUUCAGGAGCAGCAAGAAGCUGGAGAGGAUGACGAGCAGCAGGUUGAUCAAGUGGAAGAGGAACGCAAGAAAGAACUGGAAGAGGAAGAAAUGGAGCAGGCAGGUCAGCCUGAGCACCUAGAGGAGGAGCAGGAUCAAGUACCAGAAGAGCAUGAGUGGAAAAAACAGGAAGAGAAGGAAGAAGAAACCAAUAUGUUGGGUGACCACCUUCAUUCAGAGAUAACAUCAACAAAAGCUGUAACAAAACGACAGAAGACAGCUUAUGAACAACAACUGGAGCAGCAACACCUUGCAGCCCAGAGAGCAGAGGAAGCCAACCAGCUGCGGGAGCAUCAGGAAUCACUCCACCAGCAAAGACUGCAAGGGCAGCUACUCCGGCAGCAACAGCUGCAAGAGAAAGAGCUUCAGCUGCAGAAACAGGCAGAAGAAGGAGAAAAACUCUACAAAAGCAGGCUGAGCCAACAGGCUCAUUAUAACAUGGACCAAGAUAUUGUCCAGGGGGAAGAAGAUCAAGGUGUCCAGGAAGAGGAGGGAGCUUACAACCGUGACAACCAGCACCAGCAUGAAGGUGAAGACGAUGAUCAAAAUAAUGCAAAUGAACAGCAAGAACCAGAACAUCAAGUAGAAAAUCAGCAGGCUGAUGAAUCAAAGGCAGCCAUGGAAGAUGUGAAUCCUGCUGAUGACCCCAACAAUCAGGGAGAAGAUGAAUUUGAGGAAGCUGAACAAGAGAGAGAAGAAAAUCUACCAGAUGAAAAUGAAAAGCACAAGCAAACCAGUCAGAAACAAGGACACCCAGGCAUGGAAGAGCACCUAGUGAUGGCAGGAAAUCCUGACCAGCAGGAGGAUAAUGUGGAUGAACAAUACCAGGAAGAGGGAGAAGAGGAGAUCCAGGAAGAUCUGACUGAAGAGAAGAAACGAGAGCUGGAACACAAUGCUGAAGAGCCAUAUGGGGAAAAUGAGGAAAAUGCAGAUGAGAAGAGUAACAGAGGGGCAGACCAAGAGCAAGAGAUGCAAGAUGAAAACAAUCAAAAAGAAGUUCAUGAAGAAAACUAUGAGGAGGAAGAAGAGGAGGAAGAGGAUGGUAGAGCUGCUGCAGCAAAAACCCGCAGACGAGGGGAGAUGUAAUCCUCUUCCUUUCUGUUUUGUUUUUUUUUGCAGCACACAAAUCCUUUUUUAGGACAUUUUAUCCUUUUUUAGGAUAUUUAAUUUCCAGAAAGUUUUGUGUUUUACACUUUUUACUUUUCUAUUAGAUGCUGUCCUGGGUUUCUAUGAAUAUGCUACUUUUGAUACUCUAGGUUAGGAUUUCUUUUCUAUUAAAGCUGUACAUAGACAUGUUCAGUGUUGGUAAUUCUGAGCACGAUUUGGGAAGGCCAUUUUGGAAAACACUUAGACCUUGUCUAAGGCCAACAGAGAGAUUUGGUCUAAUUUCAGACCCAUUCAACACCUGAGGGAAUACUUCUAGUGCCUAAAUCCAGCAGCUCUCAUUGUCUUCCUUGACACAACUUGCCUGGCCAGGGCAUGCUCUGUGGUGCAUAUGGAGGCACAGGGGUGGUGUCACUCUUUACAACCUCAUGAGAGCCUUCAGCCCUUUGAGGAUAAGCACAUGCCUGGCUCUUUGCUAGACCAGGUCUUUCCAAGGUGCAGAACAGUUAUCAAAUAUGCAAGUUAUACAAAGCCUUCAAAAUGCAGCCUGGUUAACAGCUGUUAAUUUUGGCAGCUGUUUAUAUACAAUUAAACUGAUGCAUUUGUUUUAAUGAGCAUACCUGGGUACUUCAAUUACAUGCACUACAUAGCAGGGAAUGCAAAUGGUGCUGUGCUGGGACGAGAUGUGAGCUAGAAACCAAUUUAGACUUGAAGAGCCAUUAUGCCAAAUCAAAACACUGCAGCUGUCACAGAAAUGAAGAUUUGCAGAAGGAACAGUUCUCUUUUUUUUCUAGUUGAUAAAUAAAAUAUUUGAGCAGAGAAAGAGAAUUCCGUGGCCUGGGUGAUGUGCUUGCUGGAGACUGCUGAGAGGGUUAAGGCAUGUUUAAAAACAGUAAUAUUUCUUCACUGGGAGGGUGGCAGAGCACUGGAGCAGGCUGCCCAGAGAGGUUGUGGAGCCUCUGUCCCUAGAGGCAUUCAGAUCCCACCUGGAUGUGUUCCUGUGUGAUCCUGCUCUGGCAGGGGGUUGGACUGGAUGAUCUUCAGAGGUCCCUUCCAACCCAUAAUAAUCUGUGACUGUGAGCUGACAUGAUUGGUGCAAGAUGUUCAACUAAGGCCUUUACCUUCUCUUAUUUAAAGUCAGUCAAUGCUAGAAAUAUUUCUGUGUCCCUUAGUGUGAAAAAUCAGCCUGGAGACAAAUCCCAGUCUCUUUUUUUUUUGCCCAGCAAACAUCUCUAGCACUGCAUGCCAAGAUGUAAGGGUUAGAGAAGCAGCACAGAAAUUGUGCCUUGGUAGGCUCCUAUGUGCAUGAGGCUAUACAAUGCUUGUAUUGAUACAGACACUGCUUAUUUAAUAUAUGUGAAAAGGAGAACGGGAAUCUGGAGUUCCCAGCCUAUGCCCCCUUGCUGGAAAUGAGGUGCAGGCUAACUGCCAUGGAAGUGUGUGUUAUAUAAACCAGAGAGGGGUUGGAUUUUCACACCCCCCUUGCUUUUUGGUUGGGGUUUUUUUUUUUCCUAAAUGAUUCUUAGCAAUGUUUUUUGUUUCAUUUUUUAAUAUGACUGUAAUUUAAUUCAUAUUUUUUUCCUACUAACUCACUCAAUGCUAUUGUUUUAUAGUUGGUUUCCAUUAUUUGCAGUUUUCCAGACAACUCUUUUUUUGGUGGUUUGUCUGUUGUUUUGGUGUUUGUUUGGUGUUUUUUUUUCCCAAGAAUAUUUUUUGUGAGUAUAUUUUGGAUUUUCUAGUUAGCAUCAAGCAGAUUUACCUUAUGUAUAAAAAAAAUCUAAAGAAAUUAAAGUUUACAUGAUACUGUAAAAUGUAUAAUAUGUACAUAAUCUUCAGAAGACAAUUAUUUUGGUAAAUUGGCCUGUAUUUUUAAUGCCACAGUUGCAGUAUUUAAUUAUUUGAGGCAUAAUAAAUCUUGACUGCAGUCAAUAAACUAGAAUAUAGUUACUGA